CAGGUCGCUACAGUAACAGGUACCCAGGGGACCCUCUCCGUGUUGAUUGGGACCCGGCCGGCCCCUUCCCAGAGCACGCGCCCGAGAGCGCUCCCCAUCCCCAGGGUGACGGGUCGGGGGAGUUUCCUGCUCCGGAGCCGCUUGACUGGGGCCCGCCCGCAGACCCGGAGGGGGUGCCCUUCCCGGAACCCGAGGAUUUCCCGCCCUUCCCGGAGCCCGAGGAUUUCCCGGAGCCCGAGGACUUCCCGCCCUUCCCACACGACCCUGCCUGGGACCCCGAACCCGAUCAGCCCGCCGGGCCUGAGCGGGAGAUCCCUGCGGGGGGACCCGAGCAGCAGCCCCGCCCCGACCCGCAGGACUGGGCCCCGCCCGGGAGGUACCCGCGCUCCUUUCCGGGGUUCCGGCCCCGCAUCUCCCCAGAGAGACCAGCGCCCCCUCCUGGAGCACCCCGACUGGGCCCCGUCGGGAGAACCCGAACCUCUCCCACCCUAUGGCCCAGGUAACCCACAUGACGUACCCGGAAACCCUCCCAUGGAAGCAGGCAUCCCCGCAAACCUACCCAUGAAACCCGAGCCUUACCCAGAUUUCCCGGCACCCGAAGUCCCCAACAACAACACCAACACGGGCAAACUGGCCGACUCCCUGCACCCCGACCUGUCCCGUGCCGAGCGCUCCCUUCCCGGCGGCACCGAGCACGAGGCCCGCCGUCUGGCCGAUCUCCCGCCACAGGGCGACCCCGAACCCCGCCCCGAGGCUGACCCGCGCGCCCCUAAUCCCGGCGAGGCGGGUGGCGCUACAGGCGAGGCCGGCCCUCCGGUGCUGGAGCGGAUGCGCCACGGCAAGGCACCCCGCACCCGCGGGAACAAGGGCAUGGCCGCCAAGCUUUACUAAAACCCCUCCACACCCUCACCGUUCCUACGGGAACGGGGGCGUGGCCGCCAGGCUUUAAUAAACCCUUCCACACCCUCACCGUUCCCAUGGGAACAAGGGCAUGGCCGCCACUGCCUCGCGCAGGCGCAGUAGAAACGCUAGUUUCGUGGCUUCAAGCUUUUACCUGAUCCGUAGGAGUCAAAGCAGAUGUUUAUUCUUUCAUGUGUAAUGAGGAAAAGUAAUUACAGAACGUUUGAUAAUUGCAUGAUGAGAAAGGAAAGUCAGAAAAAAAACAUGAAAGCAAAUUUAGCCACUAUUGUUUUAGAGGUCUUGCUGGCAAAGAACCAGUAGAGGAAGCAUUUAUGAGGCUGAAUAAACAUUAUAAACUUGUAAUAGUUUGUAUCUGGAUUUAUUUCUAGAAG